AUGGGUCUUGGAGUGUUUGAGACACUUCUUCUGGUCACUGCUUUCACCUUCAUCCUAUAUCUGGUCUCAUGGUGGCAAAAGACAAGAAGACAAAACCUGCCCCCUGGACCUGCCCCCUGGCCUUUUCUGGGAAACUACUUUUACUUUAGAAAAGCUGGGGAAUUUCCGCAAACCUUGAUGAAGCUGAGCAAGACCUAUGGAUCCGUUUAUACCUUCUAUAUGUUUAAUAUACGUGGAGUGAUGCUGAUCGGUUAUGAAGCCGUUAAGGAGGCUUUGAUUGACAACAGUGAUUCGUUUAGUGAUAGAGGCGAGAUGGCAAUGAUAGAUGUACUCUUUAAAGAUUACGGGAUCAUCUUCAGCAAUGGUGAAUGUUGGAAGACCAUGCGUAGAUUCUCUGUUACGACUUUGAGAAAUUUUGGAAUGGGAAAGAGAAGCAUUGAAGAGAGAAUCCAGGAAGAAGCUAUGUACCUUACAGAAGAGUUUAGGAAGACCCAAGAUACCUCAUUUGAUCCAACAUACUUGCUGGGGUUGUCUGUCUCCAAUAUCAUCUGCUCCAUUGUCUUUGGUGAGCGUUUUGACUACAAAGACAAGAAGUUUACUUCUCUACUGUUCAACCUGAGAGAAAUGUCAAGAAUGCUCAACUCCAGCUCUGGACAGAUUAUCAGCUUCUUCCCACAUCUGUCUCAGUAUCUGCCGGGUCCUCACCAGAAAAUCUUCCAGUUUUUUAAAAAGAUAAAAGAAUUUUUGUUGGAUUUAGUGAAAGGUCAUAAAGAGACACUAGAUGAGAACUGCCCCAGGGACUUCAUUGACUGUUUUCUCUUGAAGAUGGAGGAGGAAAAGAAUAAACCCAACACAGAAUUUCAUAAUGAUAAUUUAGUUGCAACCAUCCACGAUCUGUUUGUUGCUGGGACAGAGACCUCAAGCAUAACACUAAAAUACGGAUUCUUGAUCUUACUAAAGUACCCUGAUAUACAAGAAAAGCUACACAAAGAGAUAGAUUGUGUUAUAGGGCAGGAACGAUGCCCAUCCAUGGAGGAUCGCAAUAAAAUGCCUUACACAGAUGCCGUGAUCCAUGAGCUUCAGAGAUUUGCUGAUAUUGUUCCAAUGGGUCUUGCUCAUGGAGCCAGCAAGGACACAACCUUCAGAGGGUAUCAUAUUCCCAAGGGUACUCUGGUGUUUCCUGUGUUGACCUCAGUCUUGAAAGAUCCCAAAUACUUCAAAAAUCCUCAUCAAUUUGAUCCUGGGCACUUUCUUGAUGAAAAUGGCUGCUUUAAGAAAAAUGACGCCUUCAUUCCAUUUUCUCUAGGAAAACGUGCUUGUGCUGGGGAAGCCCUGGCACGUAUGGAGAUCUUUCUCUUCCUUACAACUAUUCUGCAGAAGUUCACACUGAAAACCACAAUGGAUAAAGAGGACAUUGAAAUCACCCCAGAACCUAAUACUAACGCAUCAAGACCCCGUGACUACACAAUGUACGUUGUUCCUCGUUGAUGUCUAACCAUAGUUGGUAGUCAGUUAAAUUAGAGUUAUAGAUAGACC